UUACGUACCCCUUGGUGAUUGUUGUUUCCCACAAAGGCCGACAUGUACAUGCAUAAAUACUUUGACCGCAAUGCAUGUUAGUCCGCCGCAGCUGCGUCAAGAUAUUUUAUUCUUGCUUUCAGAAUAUCGACCUAAUUAAGACAUCUUACUAGCCACCGGCAAAAGCGGGCUAUGAUCGGCGAUGCUCGGCACAAUCAGUUCUGCACCUCCCUACACCCUAUACUGGGUUGCCAUCGUCGUCCACCGACACGCUUCUACUGACUUCAGCCGCUUGCCCCGCUUACCGCUUGGCCCCUGUUUGUGUCUGCAGCAAGGGCUCGUGCUGCUACACUAAACGCAUCUGGUCCUGUAUCAUGCAUCUUAAGCGUUGCUGCAGGCAUGGAGAUGCUUGUCUUAGCGCUAGCGCAUCCUGCCUCUUCCGUUUUUCGACAUUGUUUGGACAUACUCCAGAUCUCUCCCCGUUUCAAUUCGUUUCGCCGUGUUUCUCCUUGUUCUGGUCUCUUGCCCCUGUUCCGCCCAGUUUUACGCUCUCCUCUUUCGCCUCCUUCUUCUUCUUCUUCUUUUCCUUGAUCUCCUUCUUCUUCUUCUUCUUCUUCUUUUUCUUUUUCUUCUUUUUCUUCUACCUCAUCUACCUCUUUCACCUUCUUGUUGUCCUCUUUUUGAUUCUCCUUAUCUUCUUUCUCAUUUGCCAUUCCCAACCCGUCUUCAACUCUCCUGAACCCGCCGGGCUGUCAGAAAAUAGAUCCGAAACCACGCACUUUAGUAUACGGAGUCCCUCCCCCAUUUGAUGAAGUUUAUCCACUAAUCCAGAAUUACCCCGAGUUCUAUUCCGUUGAACAUUUUGCCUACACCCGGUUGCAUAUUUGUUAUCUGUCAUUUCCUAAAAUACCAAGGAAAGCAUUGUCCUCGUUGAAGCCGUCUGUU